CUUAUUGCGAAACGGUUAUUCUUCAGUCUCAAAUGGUACAUGUCAAAAUGCAUACUGUUUUCUUAAGUUUAGUUUUGUGUGUUGCGAGCUUUAUUAUUUUUGGGGUACAAAGUAGGCAAUUACCUUCAUAUUUUCCGAGAUGUUACAGAGACAGGCCGCAAGAAGAAAUUAAUGAAUGUAUGCUAAAAGCAACUGAAAUUGUGAGACCCUACCUGAAAAAAGGUGUUCCUGAACUAAAAAUACCCUCCAUAUCGCCUUUGACAAUCCCUGAAAUUUCCCUGGAACAAGGGACUACCUCCACAAGCUAUAAGGCUUACGCCAAAAAUGUUUCACUCUAUGGACUGGACACAUACAUCUUCAGGAAAAAUGAAUUUAAUCCAAAGACUUUGGCCUUCUUCUGUGACGUUAACAUGCCAGUUUUAGCCAUGAGAGGGACAUAUGUGGUGGAAGGCAAAUUUUUAAACGCUCCUUUGCAGGGACAAGGAAUUUUUUACUCCAAUAUAACAAACUCAAACGGAACUUUGGACAUACAAGCAAAAUUGGUGACAAGAAAAAACGUUCAAUACAUGGAAAUAGAAAAAAUGGUCACCAAACUGGACGUUGGGAAGGUUGUGGACUACGGGUUGGAAGGUCUAUUUUCAGACAACGAAAUUUUAGCCAAGGCAACCCAGAAUGCACUGAGAGAAAACUUGCCAUUGGUAGUUGAAGAAUUAAAACCAGCCAUAGAAUUAUUAAUGACCAGAUUAUUUAGGGACGUGAUUCUAAACGCCAUUUUAAAAAUACCGUAUGAUGAAGUGUACCCCAUAUCAAAAAAAUAAAAAUGCUGUUUUAUUUAUUCAUUAGGUUAUAAAAUAAAAAUCGUAAGUUAUUGUUGAUUGUUUUAUUACAAAUGUACGAAAAAUCAUAGACAUUUCAAAAUUAGAACUAUUCCGGUAAAAUAGCGUCGAUUGGGUACUUGUGGAAAAUUUUAUUUGAAAACUUUUUAAAGAUGCUUGCAAUCGUGUCCUCCAUGACUGGUUUAAUUUCAGAGGCGACGUGUUUCCAAUUGUCAUUCAGAAACAAAUUCAUUGCUUCACCUAA